AUGGUCACCUUGACAGCUGUUCCCGUGUUUCUUCCCAAAGACAAAGUUCCUACGAAAAAAGACGUCAAAGAUAUUAUCGGCUCAUUCCUGACAGAGGAAUGGCCAUCCGUGGACCCAGAGUCCCUGACCAUGUCGUACCAUGCAUCGUUUGCCAACGCCCACUUGUUCAUCAAAUUUCAUAACGGCACUGGGAGCGAUCUCGAAGCUUUCAAGCAUUUGGUACCGAGCAAGAAUGAGGAAGCACUAUUUUGCCACGAGUACGGCCGAUCUGGCCUGGGAGCCAAAGUCUACGGAUUCUUCAAGACACAGGAUGGCACGCUCGGGAGAAUCGAUGAGUUCCUUGAUGCACGUAAUAUGGAACCGGGGGAUGUCGAGGAUACGGUCAUCCGAGCGGAUGUUGCUAAAGCAUUGGCAGAGUUCCAUGUGUUGAAGAUGCCACUGGAGAAAAAGGCGGUGGAACCAUACUACGAAGCCAUCAUCAACGGACUCAAGAAGUACCACGGGAUGGGCAAGUUGAAGGUACUAGGGCAAGAAGGAGGUGUCAAUGUAAACGAGCUGGUCAACUACGAUUUUGGAACAAGGUUGCGGAAAGUGGUGGAUAAGCUGCAUUUCAUAGGAGGAAAGACAGGGUGGUGUAUCCAUGACGUGCAAUUCAUGAACGUCAUGGUGAAGAACAAUCCGAAGGAAGGAGAGAGCAGAGUUGCCUUGAUUGACUUUGAGUUUGUGAUGCAGAACUAUCGAGCGUUUGACAUUGGUGGGCAUUUUAUGCAGAAGAUGUUCAAAUGGUUUGACGAGGAGAGCAGGAUAGCAAGGUGCAGAAAGUACACAGAAGAGGAGAAGAGACACUUCUGCGAGGAAUAUGCCAAACAGUGGAACAAACUGACAGGGUGA